UCGAUGACGCAGCAUUGACGCAGUAGGAUGACUGAGCAGCAACUGAGCAGGGCCUAUAAAAUUAGAGUGCAGACGAGCAGUUGCUCGUCCAAUUCCUUAAGGUGGCCCCUUUAUUUCAAGGCGCGCUAUUCGUUGCGAAAAUCGCAACAUCCCAAUCCUUAGUGCACCCACAGGCAUCGCAGCGGCUAUUUCAGAUAUCAAGAUCAUUCUCGAAUACCAGCACUAAUAUGGCACCACUUAAACUGCAAGGCAAAUACGACUACAUCUGCAUAGGUGGUGGAAGUGGAGGAGUCGCAUCAUCGCGUCGCGCUGCAUCUUAUGGAAAGAAAGUUGCCCUCAUUGAAUCAUCGCCGUACCUCGGUGGUACUUGCGUGAAUGUUGGCUGCGUUCCCAAAAAAAUCAUGUGGCAUGCGGCCGACCUCGCAGACCGUCUCCGCCAUGCAAGCAAAGGGUACCAUUUCGAAAAUGUCCCACCGCCCCAGUUCAACUGGGCAUCCUUCAAACCGCAGCGUGAUGCCUACAUCCGCCGGCUGAAUGGCAUAUAUGAGAAGAACCUCGAAAAAGAAAAGGUGGACUAUUAUGGUGGCACAGCCCGUCUAGUCUCGCCCAACGAGGUUCAGAUCACGCCGUCCGAUGGUGGCGAGCCAUAUGUCAUUGCAGGUGACUACAUCACCGUUGCUACUGGAGGUCGCCCUACUGUACCAAGUGACGAUGAGAUCCCUGGGGCGAGUCUUGGAAUCGAUUCGGAUGGCUUCUUUGACCUUGAGGACCAGCCGAAGCGCGUGGCUGUUGUCGGCGCAGGAUACAUCGCUGUUGAGCUCGCCGGUGUACUCAAUACGCUAGGUAGUGAGACACAUAUCCUCAUUAGGCGCGAACGCGUCCUCCGCACCUUUGAUCCCAUCCUCCAGGAUACACUUACACCUUGGAUGGAGCACACUGGAAUUAACAUCCACAAGAAUGCAUCGGUCAUCAAGGUCGAAGGCCAGAAGGGUAGUGAAUUGACUGUGCACCUCAACGAUGGCACACAACUCAAGGUGGAUUGCGUGCUGUGGGCUAUUGGACGACACGCAAACACCGAGGGUCUGGGUCUCGAAGAGCUGGGCAUCCAGCUCAACAAGAGGGGCGAUGUAGUUGUCGAUGAAUUUCAGAAGGCCUUGUUUGUACAGAGCAAGCCUCAGCUGGACAAUAUCUUCGCGGUCGGUGAUAUCCAGGGUAAGGCACUCUUGACGCCUGUCGCUAUUGCGGCAGGUCGGCGACUGUCAAACAGGCUGUUUGGGCCUGAGAAAUUCAAGAACGACAAGUUGUCGUAUGAGGACAUACCAACGGUCGUUUUUUCUCACCCCACCAUCGGGACAGUAGGCCUAACGGAGCCCGAAGCUCGCCAGAAGUAUGGCUCUGCUGUCAAGAUCUACAAAUCGUCGUUCCGUUCGCUUUACUUCUCUCAAAUUGAGGAAGAGCACAAGGAGCCUACGGUGUACAAGCUCAUCGUUGUUGGCGAAGAAGAACGUGUAGUUGGCGUACAUAUUAUUGGACAAGGAAGCGACGAGGUAUUGCAAGGCUUUGCAGUGGCUGUCAAGAUGGGAGCCCGGAAACAGGACCUAGAUGAUACGGUUGCUAUUCAUCCAACGUCUGCUGAAGAACUGGUUACACUUCGUUAAGCCAGCCAUGCUAGUGGGGUUCGGGAAUCACGCAACAUAAAGUCAUGUGUACUUGUAGAAUAUAAAAUUUACGAUUUUCAACAGCGGAA